AUGGGACCCAUCAUGUCCACUGGAGAAAUGGGCACAGGUCACACAGCUCUGGGCUGUCAGACUGUUGAUAAGACCGUCAUCGCUUUAUUUAUCAUUUUAGUCCUGUUGUGCCUGGUGGCAGUGGUAGGCAAUGGAUCUAUCGUUGUGGUACUAGGCAUGAAAUGGUUGCUCCGGAGAACACUGUCCGCUCACAAUAAGUUACUGAUCAGUCUAGCAGCCUCUCGCUUCUUCUUGCAAUCGGUGGUGAUAGGUAAGAACAUUUAUGUUUUCCUGAAUCCCACAGUCUUCCCAUACAACUUAGUAAUGCUGCUCAUAAAUUUGAUGUGGGACUUCCUGACUGCUGCAACCAUUUGGUUCUGCUCCUUGCUAGGUUUCUUCUAUUGUGUGAAAAUCGCGACUUUAACCUACCCUGUCUUUGUCUGGCUGAAGUACAGGGUGCCCGGGUGGGUGCCAUGGAUGUUGCUCAGUGCCGUGGGGAUGUCGAGCUUAAGUAGCAUCCUGUGUUUCGCAGGCAAUUAUCUGAUAUAUAGCAGCUUUGUAAAGGGUGCCCAUCAGCCUCGGAAUGCCACUGGGAAUAGCUUGAAGCGCUCCCUUGAGAAAUUCUACUUCUUCUCUGUAAAAGUGACUAUGUGGACGAUCCCCGCUGUCAUCUUCAGCAUUUUCAUGGCCUUGCUGCUCGUGUCUUUGGUGAGACACCUGAAGAAGAGCCUCUUGGCCUCCUCAGGACUUCAGGAUGUUAGAGCCCAGGCCCACGCCAAAGCUCUCUUCACGCUGCUCUCCUUCAUCAUCCUUUUCAGCUCCUGCUUCCUGUCACUGGUACUUAGUUCUGCCAGCGAUUCACCGUUUCAGGAAUUCAGGUACUGGAUUUGGCAGGUGGUGAUCCACCUGUGCACGGUGAUACACCCCCUCGUCAUGCUCCUCAGCAACCCUGGGCUGAGAGUGGCCGUGAAGAGGGGCUGCUGCUGA